AUGCGUUUCCUAAGCAGUGCAGCCCUAUUCGGCCUGGCGUAUGCCUCCACCCAGGCGGUCCUCCAGCCAGAGGAACCAUCCGACUUCCGUACAUUCCACAGCCCAUAUUCCCCGCACCACUCGAUCCGCAUCCGCCAGCAGAAUGAAUCAAUCUGCGCUGCCCAUUCCGCCCAAUACACCGGCUGGCUCGACAUCGGCCGUAAACAUCUCUUCUUCUGGUACUUUGAGAGCCAGAAUGACCCUGCCAAUGAUCCCCUCACUCUCUGGAUGACAGGAGGGCCAGGGGGGUCCAGCAUGAUCGGUCUGUUUGAAGAAGUCGGGCCAUGUCUGAUCAAUGAGUACGGCAAUGGCACUUACUACAAUCCGUGGGGCUGGUCCCGGAACUCCUCCCUACUAUUUGUCGAUCAGCCAGUCGAUGUGGGAUUUUCGUACGUCGAUGAAGGAGAGGACCUGCCGGGCGAUUCGCAUCAAGCUGCAAUUGACAUGCAUCGGUUCUUGCAGUUGUUUGUCUCGGAGGUUUUCCCGCAAUUGCAGACUCUUCCCGUUCAUCUUUCUGGUGAAUCGUAUGCUGGUCACUAUGUCCCUUACCUCGGCAGUCAGAUCGUCCAACAGAACAAGCUCUAUCCCACUGAGCCCCAGGUCCUUCUGCACUCAUGUCUCGUAGGCAACGGCUACUAUUCUCCUCGCGACACUACCUACGGCUACUGGGAAACCCUCUGCACCACUAACCCUGGAGUCCCCGAGCCCGUCUUCAACCGAACCAGAUGCGACAUCAUGGCGGCCAAUAUGCCGCGAUGCAUGGAAGUAUCCGACGUAUGUGUUCGGAACCCCGAUCCAGCUAUCUGCCAUGCUGCGUCGGAGGUAUGCUACGAGGGCGUGAUCGGAUGGUAUGAUGACGAGUCUGGUGAAGGUGGUCGGAAUAGGUUUGAUAUAACCGCUCCCUGCGCCCUUGACGGCAUAUGCUACAUCGAGGCCGCUCGCAUCGAGCAGUACCUGAACACACCCGCAGUUUGGGCUGCUCUAUCACCACCCAAAGAAAUCAAAGAAUACAAGGUUACUUCCGACAAUGUGUCGCGCGCAUUCGAUCUCACUUCAGACACGAUGACGCCAGCGUCUGAGCAAGUCGCGUUCCUGCUUGCGAAUCAGGUACAUUUCCUGGCGUAUCAGGGCAAUCUCGAUCUGGCGUGUAAUACGGCGGGUAAUCUGCGCUGGGCGCAUUCUCUGCCAUGGAGAGGUCAGGUCGAGUUCGCGUCGAAGGCGCUGCGGCCAUGGAGUUGGGUAGAUGUGGUAUCUGGAAAAGGUGGAGUGGCUGGAACGACGAAGGAGGUGAGAGUGAAGGUUAGUGAGAGUACGGAUAAGGAGUCGAGGUUUGCGCUAGUUACGGUUGAUGGGGCGGGACAUUUUCUUCCUCAAGAUAGACCUGAUAUCGCGUUGGAUAUGAUGGUGCGCUGGAUAUCCGGGGCAUCGUUUACUGAGUGA